AUGGCAGGACUCCUCACGGUCAUCGCGGUCGCUCCUAGUAGUUGCUUGACGGGCGUCAUCGCCAACGUGAUCGGGUCCGCGAUCAUGCGACGAGCCGCAUACGACGGCUACGAUGUCGCGACCUCAGCACAGAAUGGCGCGGUCGGCGGUGCGAUCCUCUUCUUGGUCUUAUGCCUCUCCUGGGUGAUCUUCGGCGCGAUGCAGACGGACGAACCGAGGUCCUGCGGGUUCGGCAUCUUACAUUAUCUCAGUGGAUUGUCGUUCACUGUCGGCUUUGCGGCGGCCUGUGGCGCUGUAGGUUCGGCGGUCUUGAUCGCAACUGGUCAUGCGGUCCAGCAGGUGACCGAGAGUGCGAUCGCGGGCGCAGUCGGCGCGGCGACACUGGCGGCAGGGGUGAUGGCUUUCUACUUGUUGCUUUUUCCGUUGCUGUGCUGCUACUGGGUUGAUGCGGUCGAUGAACGAACCACGGUGUCGUAUACGACAACGGUGGAGCAUCCGAGCUAUUCGCGCUGGUAG